AUGUCAGAGAAUAUUAUUGAAUUUAGUGAUCAGAUAUCAGGAAUUAGUAAAGAAAUUCUGAUGAGAUUAGAGAUUGCAAAACUUCAACAAGAAGUUGAAAUGAUGAAAGCUAGCAGAGAAGCAUUUAUUAUUAAUGCUAUUGACAAUGAAAUAAGUAAAGAUCUUGCAAAAUAUCUAUAG